AUGGCCGAUCCAAGUAUCAAAGAAGGGACUGCCAAGCGAGUUGAUGUCGAGUACGAAUGCAAAUUUAACCUUCCCGCCGAUGCUCCUUCGAGACACCCACACAUAAUCAAGUGGAAUGCUGGGGGCGACAAGCACAAAGUUCCACGCCAUUUAUUUACAGUCGACGUAAUUGCUACUAUUCCCUACGAAUUCAAUCCGUCGGCUCUCAGUCAUUUGCUCGAUGUUCAAGCGGGACAAUUUUAUUGCUGGUGGGAAACAAACGGGCAUAUCAAGGAAUCCAAGAACAAUAAAGAAUAUCAGAGUGGAGCCGUAAAUAGCGAGAGCAAGAAAUCCGGGAACUUGUUGUUUCUAGACUACAUACAUAUUCAUCGCGUAGGACAAAUUGUUCGGGUCGAGAUCGUUGGUUCUGCAAGUCGUUCCUCUAAUUUGGAAGUAACUUAUGCUAUCUGCGAUGAGGGAAAUUGGGAGAUUGUGAGCUCUCAGGAUCAGAGUCAUUAUAACCUUGAUGAGGGAUAUUACCUAUAUACCAGCUCUCCAAAUCUUUGCAAAGCACACGACAAUAAUUUAGCAAGAAUAAUUUUACGCAAGACAUAUUUCGAGGACAUGAAGUAUUACAUGCGAAUGGGCUACCACCGGGACUGUGGGCUUGAAAAUGGAGCUGGGGCUCCAAAAUAUUCAAGACGCAAGACGCAAAACAUCGCAAAUGCGGACUGUAUUAUCGAAUCUCCUCAACAGGUUCAAGAAAGUGAAAUCGUUUCCAGAGACAGUAGCAGAUUCGCAGACGAGAUGUCUGAGGUGCAAGGUCGGUUGGACAAACUUCAGAAGUCGGUCGAGGAAUUGAAAAGCUCUUUGAAGAAGAGAAAACGCGAUGAUCGAGAGCAUAUGAUGGCAUGA